AUGGAAGACGCAAGAUCUAAAUUCGCAAUCCACGAGGCCUGCCGCGAAGGUCAAACUUCCCGAGUAGAAUCACUCCUCUCCGCAAACCCUAAGCUCGCCUCUGUCCGCGAUGAUGACGACCGCCUUCCCAUCCAUUGGGCAGUCUCGUACAAUCACCUACCCAUCGUCCAACUACUUGUCCAAACCAAAUCCUUCGAUCCCGAUGCCGUCGACGGCUCAGGCUGGACGCCCCUCAUGAUGGCCUGCUCGCGCAAGGAAGCCGAUGCCAUCGUCUCUCUCCUCAUUUCGAAAGAUGCCGACGUAAACGCGAAGAACAACAACGGUCAGACAGCUCUGCACUUCUGCGCCAGCAAGAACAACCUGGACAUCGCGAGGACGUUGCUGAAAGAGAAGGCGACUGCGAGAGUGAAGGACAAGAGGGGCCAAUUGCCACUGCACAGAGCAGCAGCCAUAGGCAGCGUUCCCAUGGUCAAGGAGCUAUUAGGUGCUGGCAAGAGCCCUCUGAACGCAACGGAUGCGGAUGGCAUGACAGCGCUGCAUCAUGCCAUUGCCGAAGGACAUGGCGAUGCGGCGCUGUUGCUGCUCACGAGUGGUGCUGAUUUCGACAAGAAAGAUGCGAACGAUCAAGUGGCGCUGGAUCUGGUGCCUGAUGAGAAAACGAGGAAGUUCAUAUUGCAGGCGGCUGAACGGGAGGGCAUUGAUCUGAUAUAG